GCCCCUUCCCGUGCCUUGCCGUGGUUUCACUCCCCUGUGCUUCCGUAUUGCAAUCUACGGCAAUGUUCCGUGGUGCAAUUCCGAAAAUGCCAACCCUUGAUGACGCAGAUUCUGCCCUGUUGUUGCACUGCCUGUGCCCAUCCAGCGGUGAGCCCAAGGACCGGCGUGCCCUAAAAGUUGCCUCGUCUGAGUCCUGUCGUCUUCCGUCAACUCGUUUUUCUUUAAAUUGACGAUGUUAAGCACAUUUCACAUGCCUUUUGACCGCGUUGGGCAGGUUUCUUAGGUUACCUUAGUUCUUCGCUAGCUCCAGUCACCUUCUCGCCUUUCUGACCUUCUCCCAUCCUUUCUAGGCCACUGUUUAAUUCCACUAGCUCGUCUACCCAUCGACUGUCAUUAUAACACGCAUCAAUCAUGGCUGUUGGGGUGCUGCCGGGCCAGUUCGACGGUCAGCAGCCCAAGCUCUUCCUCGACUCCGACACCGAUUCUAACUCGCCGACUCUCAACACCCCACCGUCGCCGCUCGAAUCGGUCAACAGACCAAGCAGUUCCCGCCGUCCCUUCUUUUGGGAGGUUGUUCCGCUCUGCGACCUGUACUCGGUUGCACAUUUUAUCCUCCUCCCAAGCUCAUUGCGAUUGUCAUACAGUCCUGUGUCAUCUCGCAAUGGAGUAAGCGAGACCAACGCCGUCAAGGGCGUCAAUGGAGUUAACGGACACCAGCCACACCCAGAAACCUCUCGUUUCAUCGAAGCUCUCACAAACCUUGGCCUCGGUCAAUCCAACUGGGCGACUGCCGGCGUCUCCGUCUUCACCGCCAUCCUUCCAUCAACCGAUGGGUACGCAAGCCGGUCCGACUUUCUGCGACUCCGCCUCCAAGACUUUCCUUUCCCCAUCUCCAAAAUUCAAGAAUGUCUGCAUGUCCGGCAAAAGUACACUGCUUGCCGGCUGUCACCCUUCGCUCACUCGGAGGCCUACCUGGCGAGUCUGAUCGAGCAGGCUGCGGGCCUCAUUCAGUGGGUUGAUCUUGAAUCAUCCGUCUCGAUCCUUGACCUCCAACAGUACCUGCUGGGUCUAACCCACGAGCUCCGCGACCGCCUCAACAACGCCCCUUGGCUGACCUCACAACCCGUCGCCCGCAAGCGGGUCGCCCUCAUCCGAGGCCGACCGAACCUCACCGCCGGCGGACCCGUCUACCGCGCAGCGCGCGCCCUCGGCCUCGAACUCAUCAUCAUCGAUGACGAAGGCCACUGGCUGCAGCCCGACACAGACGACAACCGCAUGCACCGCGAGGCCUUCCUGGCGACCGACAUGACCGAGGACGCGGGCGUCGUCGACCGCAUCGUGGCCUCCAUCGUCCGCUACCCGCUGCCCAUUCACGGCGUUUUUACACUAUCAGACAACUUCUUCGUCGCCACCGCCCGCGUCGCCGAGGCAUUAGGUCUGCCCACCAACCCCGUCUCGGCCUUCCAGACCUCCGUCGAUAAGCACCGCUCCCGCCUGCUGCAGGACGCAACCGGCCACAGUGUGGCCCGUGUUUCGUCGGUUGAGGAACUCAACGCGCUCCUCUCAUCGCCCGAGGCGGCAUUCACGCCCGUGUACCCCCUCAUCGUGAAACCCACAAAGGGCUGGUCCUCGGAAUGCGUCAGCAAAGUCUCUUCGCCCGGGGACCUCGCUGCCGCAGUGGCAAAGGCAACAGCCCGCCACGGCAGCGCAGCCGUCAUCGAACCGUUUUUUGACGGGCCGGAGAUCGACGCAAAUUUUGUCCUGGUCGACGGCGAGGUCCUGUUCUUUGAAAUUGCCGACGAGCCGCCGUGUCAGGCGGACGGGAAGGAUGCGGGCGUCGAAGCCACCUUCAGUCCCGAGGCGCUGACGCUGCCGUCGGCGUUACCUGGGAAGGAGCAGGAGACUGUGCGGGAGACGCUCAGAGUCCUGUUGGUCAAGGCUGGGUUCCGGACGGGGGUUUUCCAUGUCGAGGCAAGGGUUGUUGGGUCGGAAAUGGAGUAUCGGGAUGUGGGAAAGGGAGUGGUGGAUUUGGUGGUGAGGGGUAGCCUUGGGUCUUGCAGGGAGGAUGGGGCGGCGAUGGUCUCGAAGGCGGAGUGCAAGCUGGUCGAGAUCAAUGCGCGUCCGCCCGGGUACAGGGUCAGUGUGCCCUCGCGGCAUACCUAUGGGAUCGACUUCUUCGCGGCGCAUAUGCUGGCUGCGGUGGGGGACCAUGACAGGCUGCGGUUGGUUGCCAGGUCGUUUGACCAUGCGGCUGAGAGCAGGACGAGGGGCGCGCAGUACUGGUCGCGGUUGGUCUAUGUUCCUGCGCCGAAGGAGGGUGUCGUCAGGUGGCCGUCGGGGUUGUCGCCUUGUGAGGAACUGAAGACGCGGCGGCCGGACCUCAAGGAGAGGAUUGUGGUUGCCGUGGACUAUUGUGCUCCUGGCGACAGAAUCGGGCUGUACACGGACGGGGCGAGGACCUAUGUCGCUCAUCUGUUGGUGUAUAGCCGGGUAAGCAGGAGGGAUGCGAUCGAGGUGGGGGAUGAGGUGUUGCAGGCGAUUCGCAUCGAGGUGGAAGGGGAGUAGAGGCCGGUAUAGGGCGUUUGAGGUUUACAGCCCGAUUGGUAGUUACUGGUACAUGGCGUUUGACAGUCUAGGUGAGCGCUGGAGUCUGGUUAGAAAGGAGGGUCUGGCCUGUUUUUUCUCCCUUGCAAUGCUUGCUGUAUAAGUAGACUGAUCUGUACGUUAGACUGCUGGCUCAAGAUCCUGGAAUAGGUUUUUUUUUAGAAUUUAG